AUGGACUUAUAUUUGUAUUAUCUUUAUAAUAAAAAUAUUAAAUUUGAUUCUCAAUUAGAAUUAAAAGCUCGUGAUGAAAUUAUCAGUAAUGAUUCUGAAUGUGAAAAUGAAGAUUACAUCGAAAAUAAAUUCAUUACAACACAUCAACAAGGUUUAAAUUAUGAGCAUAAUCAAACAAAUAAAUCAAUUCAUGAAACAAAUUCCUCUACUAUAACCCAUACAAAUGAAGAUAUUUUUAUAAAACAACAAAAACUAAAAGAAGAAGCAAAAGUUGCUCUUGUACUUGGUGCAAAAAUGGCUCGAAUGCAAGUUGAAAUUGAACGACAACUAUUACAAAAGAAAAGUCCAUCAUUUUAUGACAUUAUUGGACUCAAUACAAAUGGUGAUAAAUCAUUAACAAUUGAUUUACUUAAAGAGAUGAAUAUUGGUCAAUUACAAGCAAUUAUUAAUGAUCUAUACUGUCGAAUUGAAAUGAAUAAUAAUGAAUUAGUUAAUCUUUUAAUUGAACGAGAUUCAUUAAGUAUGGAACAAGAUUCAAUUCUUGUUGAUAUUGAAGAUUUGACAAAACGACUAGAAGAGCAUGAAGUUAAUUUAUCAAAACAAUUACCAUCAAAUGAACGACCGAAAUAUGUUUAUAUAGUAAAAAACCUCGAACAAGAUGUUCCGAAAAAAUCCAUUUUUCAAUAUCUUUUCCGAAAAACAAUGUUUAUGUAA